UUUUUGCGAUCGUCAGUUUCACAUGCUUGUUCUAAAGAUUGUCUUGAUAAAGAUCCAUGCAGGAAAGAAAGCUGAGGAGUUCUGUAAACAGCUACUUUCAGGAAUAAAGUCCACUAACUUGAAGUUACUUGAUAUUUUUGCAGACAAACCUCAAAGUGACAUCAGACCUCCUUCAGGACGGGGAAGGAUGGUGAGUGCCCACGAUGGAUCUUACAUAUCUGCAGAGAAGCAGCUUGAACUGAGACUUAGAGACUUUCUUUUGGACAUUGAAGACAGGAUCUACCAAGGAACAUUGGGAGCUAUUAAGGUUACAGACAGACAGGCUUGGAGAGCAGCCUUAGAACAUGGGCGGUAUGAGUUUCUGAAUGAUGAAAACAAAGAAAAUGGUAUAAUUAAAACUGUGAAUGAAGAGUCUGAAGAAAUGGAAACGGAUGAUCAGGAUAAGUUUAUUGUGAAAGACAGACUUGUGGGAUUAAAAACUGAAGCUCCAAGUGCUGCGUCAACAAGUACAAGUACUCCUCAGCCAGUUAAUAAUGUGGUCCACUACUUGGCAUCUGCACUGCUUCAGAUAGAACAAGGAAUUGAGCGCAGGUUUCUCAAAGCACCUCUUGAUGCCAGCGAUGGUGGACGAUCCUAUAAAACAGUUUUGGAUCGCUGGAGGGAGUCACUUCUUUCUUCCACUAGCUUGUCCCAAGUCUUCCUUCAUCUGUCUACACUGGAUCGAAGUGUCAUCUGGUCAAAGUCCAUCCUCAAUGCUCGCUGUAAAGUGUGUCGAAAGAAAGGUGAUGCAGAGAGCAUGGUGCUGUGCGAUGGCUGCGAUCGAGGCUAUCAUACUUACUGUAUCAGACCCAAGCUGAAGGUCAUUCCUGAAGGAGACUGGUUUUGUCCAGAGUGCCGACCAAAACAGCGCUCUAGACGUCUCUCCUCCAGACAGAGACCUUCUGUGGAAAGUGAUGAAGAGACUGCUGAACGACUAGGAGAGGGGGAAAAAGAGGCAAACUAUGAUGAUAUGGGACAAAGUGAAGAAGAGCAUUAUGAAGAAGAGCCAGAUGAGGAGGAUGAAUCUCAAGAGGAAGAAGAGAUAAGCCCAUCAAAGCAAGGAAGACCCCAGGUCAAGUUUCCAUUAAAAAUGAGAGCAGCCAAACUCAACAAUCCGUUCUCAAGUCGGAACAGCCAGCGUCAGCCCAGAUCUGCGUCUCGGAGUCAGCAAAAUACACCUAAGCAAACUGAACCUUCAUCUAAAGUUACCAGAAGGGGCCUAAGAAAGGUAAAAUCAGCCCCUUCAUCAGUGACAAAGCCGUCUUUAAGACUUAAUAGCCGGACCACUCGUCAGAGCCAAAAUUCAUUACAAGCAGAUGUAUUCGUGGAAUUACUCGGUCCUCGAAGAAGACGAAGAGGAAGAAAGAGUGCUGAUAGCACACUGGAAAACAGCCCUUCCAAUUCUCUUGGAUUUCGAAUUGUUGAUACUGCAGACUCAAAUGAACGGCUUAGGAAGUAUCCAGUUUCUGCUUCAAAGCUUUCUCUUCCUGUUACUGAACCCAAGAGAAGAGGCAGGAAACGACAAUCCACAGAAUCAUCUCCUCAGACCUCAUUGAACAGGAGAAGUUCAGGACGUCAAGGAGGAGUCCAUGAACUCUCAGCUUUUGAACAACUUGUAGUGGAACUGGUACGACAUGAUGACAGCUGGCCUUUCAUGAAACUGGUUUCCAAAAUCCAGGUACCAGACUACUAUGAUAUCAUCAAAAAACCUAUUGCCUUAAAUAUAAUCCGUGAAAAAGUGAAUAAAUGUGAAUAUAAGUUAGCAUCGGAAUUCAUUGAAGACAUUGAGCUGAUGUUUUCGAACUGCUUUGAAUACAACCCUCGUAACACGAGUGAAGCAAAAGCUGGAACUAGACUUCAAGCUUUCUUCCACAUUCAGGCUCAAAAGCUUGGACUUCCAAUCACAUCUGGUAAUGUGGACCACGCCACUCCUGUGGCAAAGAAGUCACGAAUCUAACCUCUGCCUUCCAAAGGAUUUUUUUGAGGGAAUCUGUUAUGUUCAUUAAAAUGAAAUGUUAAACCACGCAGUCGUCAUAUCUGUCUAAAGCAAUAACAACUGUUUAACCACCUUGAAGUGUGGCCUGCACUAUAUUCUCAAUGUAAUAUUAAGCACUCAGGAGAACGUAGGAAAGAUUACCUUUGCUACAGUUUUAUUCAGUGUCUAAUAAUUUUGAUAGAUGUACUGGAUACAGUACUGGUUUACAGAGGUUUUGUACAUUUUUAAUACAUUCAUGUGUCCAAAUAUCUUCCAGAAGUACAUGGUUUUUACCUGCACCAAAUGACCUUGUUUCAUCCUCUAGAUUUUUGUAGGAGCUGUGGUAUUGAGGGCUUUAUCAACUCAGAUAAAAUCUUCUGCUGUAGCACAGUUGAAGAAACUGUGUGUAUGUUUGAAACUUGUUUGAGUGUAUCUUCUCAACACUACACAUGAAUGAGUACAACUGCAUAUCUUUUAAGUACUGUACCAGUGCUGGCUGGAGGUAUUCAGUCUGAGUUUAUUAAGUAGAUAUUUAUUUAGCAUUCAAAGUAAUUUGUGAAUUUGUUUUGUAUUUAUAAAAUUUGUACUUGGGGGGAUUAAAAACAAAAAAAAAGAGAGUUCCAUAACUUUUUUUAAUUUUUUGCUGGUGAGUUUUUUUGUUUGUUUAUUCCCCUCUAACUUGAUGAUCAAUCAAUAAAUACCUUCCCCUGUCCUUGGCAGUUCUUCUAGCAAUGAGUAAAUUUACAGGACUGUACUAUAAGUUUCUACGUACAGCUUUGGAAGCGUACAAAUAAAAUGACACAUUUUUCAAAGUA